AUGCCUUCAAUCUCAGCACCGCCACGCACCCCUCUUCGCCGAAUAUCCCAAGGCUCUCUCUACCGCCUAUCGCGGUCCGGCGCGUACCCAGACGCUCCCCACGGUCUCGGGUUUCUUGAACCUGCACUAUCCGAGCUGGUCGACGAGGCAGAGGCUCUAAAUGCCAAUGUGCAAGGGCUGAAGUCAUUGAGCGACUCACUUGGGACGUUUAAUGAGAGUUUUGCAAGCUGGCUCUAUGUCAUGAACAUGAAUGCGCUCACAACCGACUGGCCUCAGGCCCCUACCGCCGCGUCAUAUGCUCUUGCUGCACGCAGAGCGGAGGAAGACGCCGCGGCGGCCAUGGCUACACUUCACGCUGCACAAGCGGCGGCAGCCAGGCCGCCUUCUCCAGAGCUAUCUACCGCAGACAAGACGACUUUUAACGCCGACACCACUGAGGCCGGCAACGAGACGACCCUAGCUACUGGGAAUGCUACGACCGUAUCGUCAGGCUCUGGGACAAAAGUACUGGUGAAAAAGAAGGGCAAGCCGAAACUUACUUCGAAGGAGAAGAAGGAGCGCGGGCUCGUCAUAGACCGAAUUGUGACAGUGCUACCCCUCGAGUUCCGUGGAAGUGAUCCGAAUCUGCGCAGACACAUUGAGACGGUGAUUGAAGUAUUCUUGGACAGUCCAAGUCGAGGCAUGGGCAUUCUGGAGUUCGUAAAACCGCCUGAUUUGGCGCAAGCCCGAGCGAACAAGUGUCUUAUCGCUCUUGUUAACAGAAAGGUUGUACGGAAAGACAAUAGCUCUGGUGCUGUUCUGUACCACUGGAUCGGACUCCCAUAG